UGCACCACAGACAGACAUCAGAGACACGAAUGGAGACCCACGUCAGAGCAACUAGAAUCAUACAGUAGAUAUUACCAUUAGGAGUCAGUUAGAAAGGUAAUCAUUAGUAAGUUAAUACUAUAAGUUAAAGUUAAAAUCAUAAAUACUACAAUAAAAGGUCAGACAGACUGAAUUAGUUGAUUAAUUCAUUGAUUGGGGUAAUCAUUGAUAUUCGGUAUGGUUAGUUAAGAUGGCUGACUACGUCAACAAACAGGUGAUUGACCUAAAAGAUGUUAAUGAAGAAAACCGGAACAAAGCAACGAGGAGCGUGAAGACUGAGACUCAUCUCUCAGAUGGAAGACUAAGACUCUACAGGAUGGCUGCUGUGUGUUUAGGAGUGCUGUGUGUUCUACAAGUCACUCUCAACAUCUCCCUGAGACUGGCUUUCUAUAACAGAGGCAAUGAGACUGAAGAGAGAGACCAGCUACAGACCAGUUGCAACACCCUGACUGAAGAGAGAGACCAGCUACAGAAGGAAAGAGAUGAUCUCAUGAGAAAGUUCUCUAAUCUGAAACAAACCUGCCCUGAAGGCUGGCAGCAGUUUAACUCCAGUUGGUACUUCCUGUCUACUGUGAAAAAACCCUGGAAGGAGAGCAGACAGGACUGUCUGGAGAGAGGAGCAGACCUGGUGAUCGUAAACAGUGAAAUGGAACAGGAGUUUCUCUUUGGCCUCAAUAAGAGAGCCUGGAUUGGUCUGACUGACUCUGUUACUGAGGGGACCUGGAAAUGGGUGGACGGCACCCCACUGACCACCCCAAGUUACUGGCACACACAGCAGCCUGAUAAUGGUGGUGACAACCCAGCAAAUCGGAACGAGGACUGUGUUGAGCUGAACACAGAAACAUGGCGUCCUGUAAAGGCAUGGAAUGACCUGUCAUGUUUAAACAAUCGUUACUGGAUCUGUGAGAAAGUGGAAACAACACCAUGACAACAGAGGAGGCUGGUGGGAGGACUGAAAGGAAUUUUAUAAUAUCUGUACAUUACAAUUCUACCUGUAAUUGCAAAAGUACAAUGAUUUGCAUGUUUUGCUUGAGCUUGAGAUUAAGAAUCAGUGAUAGACCUUGCAAGUCCAUGAAAAGGUCAACUGUACAAAUCAAAUCAAAUUUUAUUUGUCACGUGCACAUGGUUAGCAGAUGUUAAUGCGAGUGUAGCGAAAUGCUUGUGCUUCUAGUUCCGACAAUGCAGUAAUAACCAACAAGUAAUCUAACCUAACAAUUCCACAACUACUACCUUAUACAUACAAGUGUAAAGGGAUAAAGAAUAUGUACAUAAAGAUAUAUGAAUGAGUGAUGGAACAGAACGGCAUAGGCAAGAUGCAGUAGAUGUUAUAGUGUACAGUAUAUACAUGUGAGAUGAGUAAUGUAGGGUAUAUAAACAUAAAGUGGCAUAGUUUAAAAUGGCUAGUGAUACAUGUAUUACAUAAAGAUGGCAAGAUGCAGUAGAUGAUAUAGAGUACAGUAUAUACAUAUACAUAUGAGAUGAGUGAUUUAGGGUAUGUAAAUUUUAUAUUAAGUGGCAUUCUUUAAAGUGGCUAAUGAUACAUUUUUACAUAAUUUCCAUCAAUUCCCAUUAUUAAAGUGGCUGGAGUUGAGUCAGUAUGUUGGCAGCGGCCACUAAAUGUUAGUGGUGGCUGUUUAACAGUCUGAUGGCCUUGAGAUAGAAGCUGUUAAAGUCAUAUGUCUGUGUGUUGAAACUAUACUUUGGGUAACAGAUGGAUAAAGGGAACUAAGAGUUCCUGUUGAUACUAUGUUCCAGUCUUACUUCUGCUUGCACAUGAUAGCAAUAACGGGAAGAGUGAUUGGGAAACUAACUGCAAAUAACACAAUAAGCUGAACUCUGCCUAGCAGAGACAUCUUUGUAUUAGCAACUAUUAAUUAUGAGCUUAUGUGGUAUUACUGUUAAGGGACAUCACCCCGGGUGGGGUGAUCCCCAGUAGGGGAUAAAAAGGGAAAACACCAUAUUUUGUGCUGAGUGAGUUACAUGCAAAUUACGGCUUGCAAUCCAGCUUGCAAUCCUUAUUAAACAAACUAACCUCUGAUCAAAGAAGUUUCCUGUGGUCACUUGUUUGUACAUGGAGCAGAAUUUCCCUUACAACUCUUGGCAACGAGGAUGGGAUGGAUAAUGGCAGUCUUCAACUGAUCCCAGAGUGAAGACAGGUCAACCAUGCACAGGGAAUUCUCACUCCACAUAGAGGUUGGAGCAGAUGAAACCCUCCUGUAAUCACUGGAGCAGGGGAGACUGUCUACUCUAUCCUAAACACAUUUAGAUAAGACCUGGAUUCUUUGAUCAUGGGUUAACAAGCUUAGUUUUAAGAAAAUGAGCGCUAAGUUUUAAUAAAAUAGCGAGCUCAGUGAAUGAGAGAUAGGGGUAGAGUCCUCUUGAAAGAAGGGUCCUUUCUCAAAAAGGGGUGUGAGUCCUCUGAGAGAAGGCUGAAUGAGAGAUAGGGGUAGAGUCCUCUUGAAAGAAGGGCCUUUUGGUAUUUUCUCUAUUAUUGGGAUUGGAAGGGUCCUUUCUCAAAAACGACUCAAAGGGGUUUGAGUCCUCUGCAAGAGGGCUGCUGAGGGAUGCUGAGCAAGAAGGGUCUAUUCUCUAUUAUAUGGGUUGGCUGAUUGGGAGAUGUGGGCAGAGUCCGCUUGAGAGAUGGGAGUAUGAAUGGGAGAUAGGGGUAGAGUCCUCUUGAAGAAGGAAAUGUAUUAAUGUAUAAAUGAUGGUGUCAGCGAGGAUGUAAUGUUAAAUUAGAUACUGUAACGUUGAGCAUUAGCCGAUUAGAAAAGUUGUUGGGAGAUAGUGGUUUGAACGUAGUGGUUUGGAAGAUCGUGACAGCAUCGUGGUGUAAACGGGGCUGUUACAGUACUAAUCAGACAUAUAUUGGAAAAGUGAGAGAAGUGCAUCUGGGAGAAGAUAUACUUUGGAGUUCUUUCCCAUUAGGGGGAAAAAGAGCUCGGGAGUAUUAAUUUAAAGAUAAGGCUUAAGAUCAGGGUUUUUUUCCAUUUGUAAGCAUAUGUAAAAAGAUUGCUUGUUUGUACUGUAACUUGUUAUACUGUAAAGAAGUAUCCGUUAUACUGAUCAAUAUUGUUUUUCUGUAUUUUACCGAGAAAAAAAAAAAGAAAAAAAAGGAAAACCGGUGGUUCCUGAGGACACCGGACCGAACCGAUCCAUGACGAGACUAUUUGGAGAGUGGGCAAUGAGUGAGAUUCCACUGUGUCACAAGGAAGGUGGUUUUCCACUAGGAGGGAGACUUGAGGACUAUGAAAGACUAAAGAAAAGGGGAAAGCCAGGAGUGAACUGGGGGCUAUUUAGAAAAUGGGAAGUGCACAGAGCUGUGUGUAUGAACUGUGCGGGAUGAGAGUACAAAGAGCCAGAUGAGGUCUGGGAACACAUGAAACAUGAAAGACAAUUCUCAGAUAUAGAAGAAAGGGAGAAGACAACGAAAGACACUAAACUACAGAUCAGCUGGUUUUCUACCAAGGGAAAUCCACAAAUCCACAACCAUAUGCUCCACAUCCACAUGCUCCACAACCAUAACCAUAUGCAACCGGAGGGCUGCCGAGAGGAAAAGGAGCAGGUCACCCGCGGAGUGGUGGAGGACGAUCCCGGGGAAGAGACCGUGGCAGAGGAAAUUCAAAAACUUCCGUCUGCUAGACCUGCAAUCAACCUGGACACACUUCCCCUUUGUGUCUACAGAAAGGCUGCUUUGUAUGCGGCCAACCUGGUCAUUUUAAGAGAGAAUGCCCAAACGCUCAAGGCAAUCCAGAACCAGAUGAUCGUGGACCCUGGCUGAAUGCCCCUCCACACACAGCGGCGCACAACCCAGGGUUCUGACCAGACGAAGGAGAAGGACUCAUGAAUC